UUAAUGUAUUUUAUCUAACUAUUUAAUACAGCUAACAUACAGUACAUUAUACAUGUAUAGGAAAUAAAUAUUACAUCAUUAAUAUUAAUGAUUAUAUUAAAAGUCUUCAUAACACAUACAAAUAAAUGCACAAUUUGAGAGCUAGAAUCUGAUUCCAUGCAGGCAAUUACUUGCAUACAAUGUUCUUGCCUAAGCGAUGCAAAGAUGUCAUGUUUGCUUAAAGAUGCAUGCACUUUUAAUUAGGUAAUUGUCCUUGUCAUCCACCCCUGGUUGAUGCAAUGGCCCUGGCCAGAUGGUAAGUUAUCUAUGUUUGUAACGCAUGGUUUAAGUGAUAGACCAGCCAAAGUUAAUUGGAAUGUCAUUAAAGUUUGAGUUAAUGGGGGCUGGGCUGGGGAGCUAGUUUGAGUGCACUAGUCCUGCUGUUGGAUAUGUGUGUUUCAUUAAUAAUAAUGGAUGUUUGGAUGGAGCAAUAAGGGUGGGGCUCCACCUGCUGCCACCUGUUAAUACUCUAUAUAAGCAUCAGUCAUCCUUAUGGCAGAGCAGAAGCCUCAAGGACUGCACCACUAUCUGGAUUUACUUCACUACAGGGACAACAAAAGAAACAUUACGUCGAAGGAAAUUGUCCACUUUAUAGGAUCCGUUCACAAGACCACCGUUGGUCUUUAAGGAUCUCUGGCCUAGCAGUCAUGAAGCCCUGCAGACUGAGCUGUGCGGAUUCAGGGUCGGAGUCGGACUCCAGAGACUCAGAGAAGUUUGAGAGUGCCAUGCGGCGAAGGAUGGCAGCCAACGCUCGAGAAAGGAAGAGGAUGCAGGGCCUGAACACCGCAUUCGACCGCCUCCGCAAAGUGGUUCCUCAGUGGGGUCAGGACAAGAAACUCUCCAAAUAUGAGACGCUGCAGAUGGCCCUUAGCUACAUUAUGGCCCUCAACCGAAUCCUGACUGAUACCAGCAGACUCGCAGCUCCUCAGAAAGACUGGCUGAAUCUACAGUUUGAUGACCUGCAGCCAGAGACCUAUUCUUGCUUUAUGUGCUAUAACUCCCCUGUGGAAAAUGACUGUAUGCACUCCUCCUUCUCCUACCACUAAGAAAGCCUCUAAGCUCUCACUAAAUGAUGAGCAAUGGUGUGCUCACUUGUAUCUUUCUUAGCACAGAUACAGAAGUCAGUAAAUAUGUUCGUAUUACUAUGUAAUAUUUUAUGUUUUUGGUUCUGGAAAUCAAGCGAUUAGCUUUAAUAGAGUCUGACUCAAUCUAGGAGAAGAGUUGCUUUAAUUGUUGCAAAAGGUGCAUGUUUUUCUGUGCAAUUGUCGAAAAUCUUUCAUCAGACAUGUUGUAAAUAUGACUCGAUAAAAUCACAGUUGUCAGUGAAUCUUUAAGUGAGACGUUUAAAUCUUUCAUUGCUUUGUAUCAAAUCUUAGUGUAUAGUGUGUGCUCAGCAAAGCCAUAGCUGAAAAACAUACAAAAAAAAAAUACAUCAAUCUUAUUUUGCCAAAAUGGCAUCCUAAAUUGGAGUUCAGUUGUUGUUUUUAUUUAUUUAUUUUUUAUUGUCUUUUGGUACUGAACUCAAUGAGUAAGAAAGACUAUGGAAGGCUAAUAAUAUUAACAAUGUUGUGCAAUAGUGUUUUGUACAGUAAGUGUUUACUGUAGUUUAUCUUAUGAUUAAUCAGGAUUUAAAAUGUUAAAAAUGUAUGUUUAUAGUGCAUUUAUUCCGUACAAAAUGAACACUGAAAUCAAAGAUUUUUGUGUCAGUAAACUUUUUACUUAAUUUUAAACAUGUUUAUUUUUUUUUAAAUAUUAUGUAAUAUUAAUUUCAUUCAUUCUUUUUAAAAAUCAUUAAAAAUUAUU